UAUCGAAUGCCGAUCGAACGUCAAAUGCUUCUUCCGGUAUGAGUUUAUGGAAAGUUAUUCAUUCAAGUUCCCAUUGGGAAAUUCUAAUGAACUUACUUCCCCUUCUUUUUUUCUUCAAAAUCAGAUUUAGGAUACCACUUUUACGGAUUUACCCAUCAUUGAAGUUAAGAAGAGUCACCAUGAUGUCUUGGCUAAAAAUACAAUAAAACGACUAAAAUAUAAACUAUGUGAAUCAUCGAUGUCAGGAAGGGAAUUGGGUCAUUUCGAUUAGGCGACGAAGGGAGUUUAAUACUCGGAUGCACAGAAAUAUGAAGAUUUUUGUUUUGUUUUUCGUACCGUUACUCCUGGAUGAUGGUGUGUUUGGUGAUACAGUGAAGACAUUAUCAGUGAUGGAGGGAGAUUCUGUUACUCUACAAACUGUUGUUACUGAAAUCCAGAAAGCUGAUCUGAUACUGUGGACAUUUGGAUCUGACAACACUCGGAUAGCGCAGAUCAACAGAUCGAAUAAUAAGAUCUCAUAUUAUGAUGUUCUUGAUGGGAGAUUCAAAGACAGACUGAAGCUGGAUCAUCAGACUGGAUCUCUGACCAUCACAAACACCACAACUGAACAUGAAGGACUUUAUGGAUUACAGAUCAUUGGUGGAAAAGAGGUCCCGCCCAAGAAAUACAAUAUUAUUGUUUACGGUUUUUCAGCUCAUCUGCCUGUUCCUGUCAUCAGUAGAAACUGUUCUUCAUCAUCAUCAUCAUGUUCACUGGUGUGUUCAUCAGUGUUGAAUGUGAGUGAUGCGACUCUGUCCUGGUACGCAGGAAUGAGUGUAUUGUCCAGCAUCAGUGCGUCUGAUCUCAGCAUCAGUCUCUCUCUACCUCUGGAGGUGGAAUAUCAGGAUAAAAACACCUACAGCUGUGUGCUGAACAAUCCCAUCAGCAACCAGACCACACAUCUGGACAUCAACACACUCUGCAGACACACAUGUGCAGAUACAGCAGCCGGUUUGUCUGUAAAGGCAAUAGCGCCGGUGUGUGUUGGUGUUGCACUGGUUCUGGUUCUGGCUGCGGUUAUACGUGGUAUUUACUGUUACCGUCAACACAAGACAUCUAAACAAGAAGAUCUAGAGGGACAACCUGGAACUGAACUUGUAACUCUAAUUAAUGGUCAAGUUGUUGAGAAAGAUGAAAUCAAGACAAAACUAGUGAUGGUAGGAGAUCCUGUGACGCUACACACUGAUAUCACUGAAAUACAGGAGAAUCAGCUGAUACGCUGGAAGUUUGCGGACUCCAAACGACACAAUCGCGCUGAAUUUACUAUCAUCACUGAAUGGGAUAAAACAAAUAAUGAGGAACACUUCUAUAAUGAAGAAAGAUUCAAAGACCAUUUACAACUGGAUCACAACACUGGAUCUCUCAGCAUCACUAACGUCACACCUCAACUCUACGGACACUAUAAACUCCACAUCAUCAGCGAGGGACAGAAGAUCUCAAAGACGUUCAAUGUUGUUGCUUACGUUCCUCCAAUAAAAAGAAAGUGCCGAAGCCAGAGGAGACAAACCUGUCAGUAACGAUGCAGGAGGAUCAUAAAAACUGGAAUAUUAUCCACAUUUGAAUU